CGCCCACCACCCCCACGCCCACCCAGUUUCAUCCCUGUAUGCUUCAAAUACUUUAGUUUCCUUUAUAAGUAUCUGACGUUGAAUGGUUUCCAUAGGAAGCAGUACAUCCACGCAUGCGACAUUCUCAAAACUCCUGUAUACAUUUGUAAACUACAAAGAUGGCGAGCGUGGCGGCAAAUCCGACCGGCCAAUUGAGCACGUGCGGCGGCGACUCCCAGCUCAGCCCUGCCAGAAUGAGCCGACUUCAGGAGAAGCAGGAGCUCAGGAACCUCAACGACCGUCUGGCUACCUACAUCGACAAAGUCCGAAAACUCGAGUCCGAAAACGACACCCUUAAUCUGAUAAUUAGCGAGAACGCAGAGGUGAGAAGCCGGGAUUUCAGUGGACUGAGAGCCGUGUACGACACGGAGCUUGAAGAUGUCAGGAAGAGUUUGGAUGAUUCCUCCCAACAACGCGCUUGGCUACAGAUAGAGCUGGGACGACUCAAAUCAGAGCAAGAUCAGCUUUCACAGAGCUACCAUAAGAGGGACUGUGAGGCAGCAGAAGCUCAGGCCCGGCUCAAAGACCUGGAAGCCCAUUGUAAUGCCCAAGAUGCCAUACUUGCUACAGCCUUGUCUGCCAAGAAUGGCCUGGAGGCCACCAUGUCUGGGCUGCAAGAAAAAAUGCAUCAGUUGGAUUUGGCUCUCAACCAGUCCAAGGAUCGCCUUCAUGAGGAGAUGCUCCUUCGCGUCGAUUUGGAAAACAGAUACCAGAGUGUGACAGAGGAGAUGGACUUUUGUAAGCGCAUACACAAGGAGGAAGUGAAGGAGGUACAACAGCGCUACGAGGCACGUAUAGUGGAGGUGGAUUCUGGGCGGAAGGAGGAGUACGAGUAUAAACUGACACAGGCCCUGGUGGACAUGAGAACUCAGAAUGAGGAGCGGUUCAAGAGCUACAAAGACGACGUGGCGAGCACUUACAUUGCCCAAAUGGAUGACUUGCGUUGUCAGUCUGAGAUGAGCGGCACCUCAGCCAGGAUGGCCCGAGAGGAACUGAGAGAGUCCACACAAAGAAUUGAGAGCCUUACUUCCCAGUUGGCAGGGCUGCAGAAGGAGAGUCGCGGCUUGCGUGAUCGCAUCUUAGACCUUGAAGCAGCGCUGGUUCAGGAGAAAAACACAAGCCGCAAACUCCUGGCCGCAAAAGACAGCGAAGUGGCAGAGAUCCAGGCGAAGAUGCAGCAACAGUUGGAUGAAUAUGAACAGCUCCUGGAUGUUAAAUUUGCCCUGGACAUGGAGAUCAAUGCAUACCGCAAACUUCUCGAGGGAGAAGAACAAAGAUUGAAGCUCUCCCCCAGCCCUUCCUCUCGUGUCUCUGUGUCUCGAGUCUCUUCCAACAGUCGAAGUGUUCAGACAACCCAGGCAAAGAGGAAGCGCGUUGAUGUUGAGGAGCAGGAAGCUAGCAGCUCUGUGUCGGUCGACCACUCCUCCUCAGCCACAGGGCCCGUAAUUAUUGAUGAAAUCGACACUGAUGGCAAGUUUAUAAGCUUCCAUAACUCUGGUCAUGAGGACCAGGCCAUGGUAGGCUACGAAAUGAUUAAAACCAUUGGAAGUGUAGCAGCCACCUACAAGUUCACACCCAGAUAUAUUAUGAAGGCUGGGCAGAAAGUCACGGUUUGGGCUUCUGAUGCUGGUGUGAGCUCCAAACCUCCGACAGAUCUGGUUUGGAAAAAACAUUGCUCCUGGGGUUCAGGCGAGGAUGUCCAUGUGGUUUUGAUCAACUCAAAGGGCGAGGAGGUGGCUAGGAGAAGCACGACAUACAAGACAGCAAUGGAUAAAGGGAAUAAUGGUAAGGAAGAUAGUAAUGAAGGCGUUAAGGAUCACUUGGACCACCAGCAAGCUGACCCCCUGAGUGCCAAGCGAGGCUGCUCCAUUAUGUGAGCCCUCUCAGCCAAUCAGCUUCUGGGAUCGACCACCAGUCGUCUGCCAACGGAAACUCUGUUUCUAUUGCGACUCAAUACUGUUUGAAUCUUUUCCUUACACAUGCAAAAUUACUUCUUAUUCAGUUGCCCAAAUAUAUUUGAGGAUUGGAGCUUUUGUCUUAGUUUUUUGUGUAUUUUUAAAUUAUUAUAUUAUAAUUUAAUAAGUGGUUCCCAAACUUUUUAAUGGGUUGAUUAAUUCAUUUUUUCUCUUUCUGCUCCAUUCUCGUAAUUGAGUGUUGGGCGCUAAUUGUUUUUAAUUUGCGUAGCCCCCAUGACAAUUGGCGUGCCCCCACCACAUUGGGAACCUAGGCUUAAGUUAAAAUUACUUGUAAGUAUCCAAAAAAUAAAUGAAUGUUAUCAGUCGUAAGCACGAUCAUAUUUUAAGGAAGUCAGGGUCCUGUGUAAGUUUGUCUCUUAAUUCAUUAAAAAUUGUGUGCAAAAUGUGACCUUAUCAUACCUGCCACUAGAUGGCACUAGAAGUCAAAGCAAAUCGCCUCCAGGAUCAGCAGUCCCCCAAAUUUUUCAGCCAAAUGUCCCUUUUGGACUUUACAAUUUGGGUUAUAUUUUGCAGUUUUUCUAAAAAUAUUAUUCUAAUAUAAUUUCACAGUGGAUAAGUGGUUCUGGUGAGGACGCCAAAAGGUACCUUUGGCUGAUAACGACCCAUAAAUAAAUGAUGAUCAUAAUUAAAUAGAAUUGAUGAUCUUAUCCCCGUACUGUGCUCAGGUCCACCCAGAAUAACUGACAAUGUGAAGGUCAACGGUAGUCUUACAUGCAGUUCUAAUGUAGCCAAUGGGACUGUUCUUAUCUGGACAGAACCCAUAAAUGAAUGAAGUUACUGUUUUGGGUACUAAAUGUCAUCACAUGAGUGCCUGCAAAAUUGAAGUGGAAUAAAUAAAUGGAAUAAACUGUAAGCAGUUUUGUG